CAUAGAGUAUGGAAUGAGUGAAGCGGCAAUACUGGCAGACCUGUAUGCUGACCAUGUCGUAAAGGAUGAGUUAAUGCUGGGGCCGGAGCAUCCACAUCGGCCAGAUGUAUCUCUGGUAGGCCUCGAAUCAACAUCUGGCUUCUGUGACGUGCAACCUCUACCACACUACCUCGGAGACCACAAUUAUGCAAAAGAAUCUUCAACAGCAGUAGAAUCAACAUCUAUCUUCUGUGACGUGCAACCUCUACCACACUACCUCGGAGACCACAAUUAUGCAAAAGAAUCUUCAACAGCAGUAGUAUUUGAAGAAAAACCGUCACAAGAGCGCGUGCUUAGUCGAAACUCUCCGCUUGCGCUCCGAGACUGCUGCGUGCGGCUCGAACGUCUCCAACACCACGAGGUUCUCGCCGGCAACGACACUACCCGAGUCACAACACAUACUGACACGGAUUCUAAAAUAAUAAAAACAGUGCGAACGAUCUUCGAAUGUAAUAAAGAAGAUAAGAAAACAUACCCCUGCGAAACAUGCGGAAUACAUUUUACACAAAAAGUGUAUUCGAUUAUACAUAAACGAAUUCACACUGCCGAAAGGCUUUAUUCGUGUAACUUAUGUGAAAAACGUUUUAAAACUUCUGGUUGUUUGAAAAUUCAUGAACGUAUUCAUACUGGUGUAAAGCCAUAUUCGAGCGAACCGUGUAACAAGCAGUUUCAGGAUGUGCGACUAUUAAAGAAAUAUAAAAAAGUUCAUACAGGUGAAAAACCAUAUAUGUGCGAAAUAUGUAAAAAGCAGUUUUCGAACAUAAUGUUUUUAAAUAUACACAAAGUUACCCACACGGGUAUUACGUGUGAAAUUUGUAAAGAACAUUUUAGGCAAUGGGAAAAAUUUCGAAUUCAUAAGCGAACUCACACAGGCGGGACGAUAUAUACGUGCGCGCUGUGUAAUAUGAAGUUUGCAAGUGUCUGGAAAUUCAAUGCGCACAAACGAACACAUAUAAACGAGAGGCCAUACGCAUGUGGAAUAUGUGGAAAGCGGUAUACACGAGCUUCUCAUUUAACGAGACAUAAUCGGUAUCACACUGGUGAAAAACCGUUCUCCUGCCAGAUGUGUGAUAAGAAAUAUUCGGAACAAGAUUCUAUGAGCAAACACAUACUAAGCCAUACUGGAAUGGAACCUUAUUCUUGCGAAAUCUGCAAAAAACGGUUCGUGCAAAAAGGCCAUUUGAACAGGCACAUACUAAGCCAUAAUGGAGCGAAGCCUUAUUCUUGCGAAAUCUGCAAUAAACGGUUCGCGCAAAAGAGCAAUUUGAACACACACAUACUAAGCCAUACUGGAGCGAAGCCUUAUACUUGCGAAAUCUGCAAUAAACGGUUCGCGCUAAAGAGCAAUUUAAACACACAUAUACGAAGCCAUACUGGAGCGAAGCCUUAUUCUUGCGAAAUCUGCAAAAAACGGUUCUCCCAAAAUUGCAGUUUCAGACACAUACUAAGCCAUACUGGAGCGAAGCCUUAUUCUUGCGAAAUCUGCAAAAUGCGGUUCGCGCAUAAGGGCAAUUUGAACUCACACAUACGAAGCCAUACUGGAGCGAAGCCUUAUUCUUGCGAAAUCUGCAAUAAACGGUUCUCGCAAAAUUACAGUUUGAGCAGACACAUACGAAGCCAUACUGGAGCGAAGCCUUAUUCUUGCGAAAUCUGCAAUAAACGGUUCGCGCUAAAGGGCAAUUUAAACACACACAUACGAAGCCAUACUGGAGCGAAGCCUUAUUCUUGCGAAAUCUGCAAUAAACGGUUCGCGCUAAAGGGCAAUUUAAACACACACAUACGAAGCCAUACUGGAGCGAAGCCUUAUUCUUGCGAAAUCUGCAAAAAGCGGUUCUCGCAAAAUUGCAGUUUGAGCAGACACAUACUAAGCCAUACUGGAGCGAAGCCUUAUUCUUGCGAAAUCUGCAAAAAACGUUUCGCGCACAAGAGCAGUUUGAACACACACAUACGAAACCAUACUGGAGCGAAGCCUUAUUCUUGCGAAAUCUGCAAAAAACGUUUCGCGCACAAGAGCAGUUUGAACACACACAUACGAAGCCAUACUGGAGCGAAGCCUUAUUCUUGCGAAAUCUGCAAAAAACGUUUCGCGCACAAGAGCAGUUUGAACACACACAUACGAAACCAUACUGGAGCGAAGCCUUAUUCUUGUUUAAGAUCAGAUAUUUUAAGAAUUUAAAAAACCAUAAUAUGCGAUGUACGUUAAAUGAACUUUUAGCACUCGACAUGUUCGUUUAAAUGUAUUUUAAAUGUAAAAUAAAUAAAUUGAUAAAAUAAAAAACCUUUAUUAAUAGGGAGUAUUACACUAGUG